UUUGAAGUGAGUAUCUUUUGCAUUGGGUGGUAUGGAGAAUGCGAGAUACAUCGCUCUUAAUUUUUCCCUUGAUUUUUUUGUCAAAUUUGUGUAAAAUAUUAUUCCUGUUCUGUCUACCUGGGAAUAGUAUUUCUAAGUCGCCUACUUCCGGUCGCUGAUUAGUUUGACUGACUUGAUGCAGCCCUGCUUCAAAAGGCCCUUGUGAAACAGAUUGACAGGCUAGGAUGAAAAUGAGGCGGACGCUCGGUCACGACUUCAGUGCGUACGCGUCCUUUUGAGAAGACCUCUAAACUUGGAUCAUAUCACCAUGGGAGCUAUUUGGGCUGCAAGGGACUUUUGUUUGUUUUUGCUCUUGUUAAAUAGUCGCCAAAGCGCAGGUCUUCCAGAGAUUCGAGCAGAUCCAUGUGCAGAGGGAAGUGAUGGCUGUCACAUUGAUGCUAUUUGUCAGACUACUCCAGGCUCUUACAAGUGCACGUGUAAAGCAGGCUUUAAAGGAGAUGGAAAACACUGUGAAGACACUGAUGAAUGUGACCUGGAAUACAAUGGUGGCUGCGUACAUGAGUGCAACAAUAUCCCAGGCAAUUAUCGCUGCACUUGUUAUGAUGGAUUCAACUUGGCGCAUGAUGGACAUAACUGUCUCGAUGUGGAUGAAUGCAAGUUCAACAAUGGAGGGUGCCAACACACUUGUGUCAACACCAUGGGCAGCUAUGAAUGCCGCUGCAAAGAGGGUUUCUUCCUCAGUGACAACCAGCACACAUGCAUCCAUCGCUCUGUUGAGGGCCUCAACUGUAUGAAUAAGGAGCACGGUUGCGCCCACAUCUGCAAAGAGACACCCAAAGGGGGCGUGGCCUGCGAGUGCCGUCCGGGGUUCGAACUGGCCAGGAACCAGAGAGACUGCAUCCUAACCUGUAACCAUGGCAAUGGAGGCUGCCAGCACACCUGCGAGGACACAGAGAGCGGGCCUAUAUGCAGGUGUCACAUCAGGUACACACUGCAGCCUGACAAGAGGUCGUGUGUAGAAAGAGACGAGGCCACGACCGAGUCUGCAGACCACAACGCUACACUCUUUACUGAGGUGGACAAAAGGGUUAAACGAAGACUCCUAAUGGAAACGUGUGCAGUGAACAAUGGGGGGUGUGACUGCACCUGUAAAGACACUUCCACAGGUGUGCGCUGCAGCUGCCCCAUUGGCUUCACACUGCAGCCGGAUGGAAAAACAUGCAAAGAUAUUGAUGAGUGUGAGCUCCACAAUGGUGGUUGUGAACACUUCUGCAGGAACACCAUAGGAAGCUUCGAGUGCAACUGCAGGAAAGGCUUCAAGCUGCUGACUGAUGAACGUUCUUGUCAAGAUAUAGAUGAGUGUUUUUUUGAGCGCACAUGUGAUCACACAUGUGUGAACUCCCCUGGUGGUUUUCAGUGUCUGUGCAACAAAGGCUACACCAUGUAUGGACUGGCCCACUGCGGAGAUGUAAAUGAAUGCAGUGUAAACAAUGGCGGUUGUGAGCAGGGUUGUGAGAACAGCCUGGGUGGAUUCGAGUGCUUCUGCCAUCCUGGCUAUAAGCUACACUGGAACAAAAAGGACUGCAUUGAGGCUGAGGGUUUACCACCUGCAAAACCCACCUCUAAACCUACACUGAACUGUAGCAAGCAGGAGGGAGGGGACCGCUGCUUCCUGACGUGCCAGUCACAAGUUCACAUCAGCAGUGGGACGGAGGAUUCCUACACGGUGACCUGUGGAAGGCCCCUGCCUUGCCUGGCUGAAGCACAAAAGAACAACAGCAGCUUGCAUUGCUUAGGUCCAGAAAUGGCGAAUGUUCCACGCAUUAAAACCACAGCCACUUUCAAGUCUGGCGCUGCAAAAUGCAACUUAAAACGAAGUCAGGAGAAACUCAAGGAGAGCUUGAACUCAGCCCACUCAGAUAGCAGGUUCCUCUUCACUGAAAAUGUCCAGUUCAGCUACGUGAGCCUACGCUGCACCUCAUCCGGACAGCGCACACGCAGCCGCCACGGAAGAAAAGCUGGAGAGGAAGACGGCUCGUCGAUAACAGCUGAGUUUGAGCUGGAUGUGAACCUAGAGGAGGUAACAGCAGAGAGCUGUGACCUGAACUGCGUGCGCCGGCGCUCAGAGAAGAGGCUCAGGAAGACCAUCAGGACCUUGAGGAAGUCCAUAAACCGGGAGCAGUUCCACCUCCACUUCGCCGGGUCUGACUAUGAGCUCAGCAAGACUCUGGGCCAGCCGGCUGAGCCUCCAGGACACUGUGUGGGAGGACAGGUGCUGGUGGGCAGGAAAUGUGUGAGCUGCAGUGUCGGGACGCACUUUGAUGCAGAUCAGGGCAGGUGUGUGCUGUGCCCUGCUGGAACGUUUCAGGACGAGGAGGGACAGAUGUCCUGUGAGGUUUGUCCCGGACCUGAGGGAAGAGAUGUCUCCAAGGUGGUUGGGGCUCGAAACAUGUCAGAGUGUGGAGGUCAGUGCUUCCCUGGUCAGUACUCCCAUGAUGGCUUCAUCCCCUGCCUGCCCUGUCCUCUGGGAACCUACCAGUCAGAAGUGGGACGCACAUCCUGCUUCGCCUGUGGAGGGAACCUGGUCACCAAGCGCAGCGGUGCAUUCACAUUUCAGGAGUGUGAGACCAAAGUCCAGUGUUCUCCAGGACAUUACUACAACACCAGCACACACCGCUGCAUCCGCUGUCCCACGGGCACAUACCAAGGAGAGUUUGGACAGAACUACUGCGUCGCAUGCCCCGGAAACACCACCACCGACUUUGACGGCUCCACUAACAUCAUGCAAUGCAAAAACCGACACUGUGGAGGAGAGCUGGGAGAUUUUACCGGCUACAUCGAGUCACCAAACUACCCGGGGAACUACCCAUCCAACGUUGAGUGCACCUGGACCAUCAACCCUCCGCCCAAACGCAGAAUCCUUAUUGUGGUCCCAGAGAUCUACCUGCCUAUUGAGGACGAGUGUGGAGACUACUUAGUGAUGAGAAAGAGCUCUCUUUCCAACUCUGUGACAACCUACGAGACCUGUCAGACAUACGAGCGUCCCAUCGCCUUCACAUCGCGCUCCAAGAGACUCUGGAUACAGUUCAGGUCCAACGAGGGGAACAGUGGGAAAGGCUUCCAGGUCCCAUAUGUGACGUAUGAUGAGGAUUACCAAGAAUUGAUAGAAGACAUCGUCAGAGAUGGAAGAUUAUAUGCUUCAGAGAAUCACCAGGAAAUUCUCAAGGACAAGAAACUCAUGAGGGCGUUGUUUGACGUGCUGGCUCACCCACAGAACUUCUUCAACUACACGGCACAAGAAUCAAGAGAAAUGUUCCCAAAAUCCUUCAUCCGCUUCCUGCGCUCAAAGGUCCUGAGGUUCCUCCGCCCUUAGGAUGUCGCUCCCCAUAUUCAUGAAAAAGCCAGAUCAGAUGCAGGCCAAAGUAUCUGAUUUAUCCACUGAUGCCUUUUAAAACUGUUCUGUAGUUAUCUGUUUUUGCAUGGAGUGAUUCUAGAGAGGACCAAAACUGAUCCUGAGGAGAACUAAGACAAGUCAAGCAAGUGGACUUAAAACUGGAGCUUUAAGAGGGAGAGAAGAUUGGGGAUAAUUGGUACAGGUUGCGGACCUCAGAUCUGGAUCUCCUCACUUUGUUUUGAACAUUGGAAACAUGAAACAGAGGAACUUUAUACCCUCUUUUUUAAAUUUCAAGGUCAUCAUAUGUUAGCUAAACAGAUAUAUACAGAGUGCCAGAGAAACUGUAUAAAGCGUGUGUAUCUAACCUUAACAUAGACUACUUUUACAGGUAGAGGUUAAUCGACUGAAAUACUUUUAAAUGUCAGAAACAAACAUAGCACAAAUGUUUUCUCGGGAACAUUAGCACUACUGAAGAAGUAGUGGCACCACAAAAGCAAUUAUUCAGAGUAAUGUUUUGUAUAUGAUGUAAAAAGUUUAGGGAAAUGCUAAUGUAUUCUAGGAUCUACAUACAUUUUUGACAGUGUAGCAUUGCUGCUAUCGCUGGGUAGCCCAUGUAUUUGAUGUUAGGGUGUGUGAGUGACUGCUACUGCCCCUGGGGAAUCUUUUCAUUUUUCAAAUAAUGUACAGUGGCACCAGUAUGCAACAAUACACUGUGUAUUGUGAACUAGCAACCAAAGACAACUGUGGGUACUGUGAACACUGCAGAGAAUAGAAAGAGAGGUGACUUGAGAGAUUGAAUAUGUCAGAAGACUGAACAUGUCAAAAAAGUCCUGUAAAAUAGAAGUGAGCUAUACACCUGUCUUAGAUGACAUAUGUAUGUAUAUUUUUUUAUGGUUUUGUACAUCUUAUAUGCUGUAAAUAAAGAUAGGACACUUA